AUGGUGGCCAAGGAUAUGAGAACACACACGGGCGAGAAGCCAUUCCUGUGCCCUGUGUGCGGGAAGGCAUUUGCACGGUCGUCAACUCUUCAAACUCAUCAGAGAACGCACACGGGCGAGAAGCCAUUCCUGUGCCCUGUGUGUGGGAAGGCAUUUGCACGGUCAUCAACUCUUCAAACUCAUCAGAGAACGCACACGGGCGAGAAGCCAUUCCUGUGUCCUGUGUGUGGGAAGGCAUUUGCACGGUCAUCAACUCUUCAAACUCAUCAGAGAAUGCACACGGGCGAGAAGCCAUUCCUGUGCCCUGUGUGUGGGAAGGCAUUUGCAGACUCAUCAACUCUUCAUAGUCAUCAGAGAACACACACGGGCGAGAAGCCAUUCCUGUGCCCUGUGUGUGGGAAGGCAUUUGCAGACUUAUCAACUCUUAAUAGUCAUCAGAGAACACACACGGGCGAGAAGCCAUUCCUGUGCUCUGUGUGUGGGAAGAAAUUUGCACACUCAUCAACCAGGAACAGGCAUCAGAAGCCCCACGCACACGGAGGCAAGAAGCCAUUCAAUUGCUCUGUGUGUGGUAAGUCCUUUUCACGGCCAUCACAUCUUCAGAGACACCAGAGAACACACACGGGCGAGAAGCCGUUCCUGUGUUCUGUGUGUGGGAAGACAUUUUCACAGUCAUCAACUCUUCAAAACCACCAAAGAACACACACGGGCGAGAAGCCAUUCCUGUGCCCUGUGUGUGGGAAGACAUUUGCACGGUCAUCACAUCUUCAGAGUCAUAAGAAAACACACACGGGCGAGAAGCCAUUCCUGUGCACUGUGUGUGGGAAGUCAUUUUCACAGUCAUCAAAACGGAAGAGUCAUCAGAGAACACACACGGGCGAGAAGCCAUUCCUGUGCCCUGUGUGUGGGAAGACAUUUGCACACUCAUCACAUCUUCAGCGUCACCAGAGAACACACACGGGCGAGAAGGUGAGGGAGGCAGAGGCCGCAGAGGGGAGCCGGCCCGAGUUGGAAGACACCUCCGAUCGGCACGGUGCGUUGGAAGAGGUAACCACCGAGCCUCACACAAGCGUGCCGGGAGACUCAGACGACGGAGGGUCGGAGUUAGAGAUAGAAGACAACUUGAGUGAGGGGAGCAACUCACAUGUUAAGAAGAAACGAGAGUACACACCCGGCAAGAUUGUCAAAUUCCUCCGAACUAGUUACAAGAAGCGGGGGGUCGACAUCGGAGAUUCUUUCCCCGAUGUGCAGGCCUUCUUGAAGGUCGCGCAGACAAUCAUCAGCGACAUGGAAAAGCACAAAUGCACCCCGCAGGAAGGCAAUCGGCUGAGGGGUUUCAUGCAGAAAGCAAGAAAGGGGAGCAUGUUCCAACCGGAGUGCCGCCCCGCUGAUGCUGUUGCUGAAGCCGACGCCUAA